AUGUCUCAACCUUUGAAAGAAACCGACAUCCUGUUUCCGCACCUUUCCAACACACCAAAUCUAUCCAGCACCCUCUCUUCUCUACGCCGCUCAACACUAUCAACGCACAACCGCCUUAAUUCAAUCAUCUCCGACAGCGAUUUCGUCAGUUCAGUCGCAUCUGCCUACGAUCUACCUCUCAUAGCCAAUGAACGUUGUGGAAGCUGGUAUAUUCCGCCAACUCAAAAAUCUGGAUCUGUCUACUUCAAGAGCACGGACGGUCACAUGGGCGAAUGGAGCUUCAGUCUGAGAAGACUGAAUCUGCAACUGUUGGAUAUUGUGGAAAAGUUUGGCGGCGCCGUGGUUGUGGACAGCACGAGGAGGGGCAAGAGCAUGCCGGACGCGCUGAGCAAAACCAUCCCGACAUGGUGCUGUGUGAUCAACAGGGCUGUAUUCGGCACACCUCGGAAAGACGAGAUGCGAUUGUUUACGCCGCCACAAGCCGUGGGAGAAAGCGAGCAUGCGCAAAUGGAGAAGAGGAUAGACGGAUUUGUGCAACAAUUCCUGGAUAUCUGCAAACCUAACAUCGUAGACCUUCGCAGUAAGCUGAAAAAGCCCCUGCGACCAAUCUGGGUAACACAGCAAUCAUCUCUUCCGGAUAGUCCGCCUUGUUUCCCCGACUUUCACCCGAUCGUGCUCUGUACAGCAUCGCGACGAGUACGUGGUGCGGAGGCAUCGGAAAGCGGGUAUAUCCAGGGUGCUGCCGAUGACCACGAAGCAUGGUCUCAUGGACUCACGCCGACAGUCUUCUGGAAGAACAAGGACGUGCUGAUGAAGACGAGCGAGGAAGAUGCGCCGGCUCUGAUCGAAAGAUUGCUCAACGAAGACGGAGGUAGUAGCGCGGUCGCAAGUCUGAUCAAGCCAACGUCCAGACUGUACAUCUCUCCUAGUGACCAGAUGAAGCUCGACGGAUUCGAUGUUGUAAUCAGUUGUACACCGGAGCCCUUCGCCCCUUCGAUGCUAAAAGACGCCGGAGUCAAACACUACUUGCACCUCAAAUGCCAAACCGGCAAACUGGGCUCGCGCGACCUCCGCACUCAACUGCCCCGAAUUUUGAAUUUCUUCUCGUCCCUGUCAGAACCAAUCACCGGAAAGAUUCUCGUAUGCUGCCCAACAGGCAAGGAUCUAUCCGUCGGUACCGCCUUAGCAUUACUAUGUCUCUACACAAACGAGGAGGGAGCGAUAGAUACGAGCACGCCAAAGGAGACAAGUGCCAUCGGAAAAGCCUUCAUCAAGCAAAGGCUCAGUUGGAUAACAACAAGCAACCCCGCGCUAAACCCAAGUCGAAGCACACUCCAAAGCGUCAAUGCCAUCCUGCUAGAAAGCCAAGAUCCAAAAGCUUCCUUGCAAACCAAGAGUAACGGCACGGACACUGGUAUCACCACCUCAAUACCAAUCCGAGAAACAAGACCCCUACCACAAGAACCACAAACAGACGACUCUUCCGAGACCGAAAAGCAGAAGCCCAGCUCUCCUUCGCUGCCUACCUCCAUCUUCGAAAACCUACGCAACUCCCCCGACAAACCAUGGAGCUUCACCCGUCAACUCCGCUCUACCCUACCGACGCAUCCCUCGGGCAAAGUGACAGGAACAGCGACGUUCACGUCCUGCAAACUACCAGCCUCCUUUCCACCAACUCUGCUCUAUGCCGAAGAAGGCGAGUUUGCAACAGACACGGGUCUCAAGUUCAACGCACGCAGGAAAUACGUGUACCAACUCAAAACGUCGACACCAGAAAGCACAGGCGAGAAAGCAGGAGGAGACUACAUCGCCGUCCGCUUCUUCGACGAUGAGAAGAUGCCGCGCGCGGAUAUUAAGGAUGGCGUGGGGAGAAACGGGGAAGGAGUCGGGGGGUCAUUCGUCGACAUGGGUAAUUUAGAGGCGAGUGGAAAGGAGGUGAAAGCCAAGAACAAGGAAACGCAUCUUUGUGCCGAGGAUUUGUAUACGGCUAGUUGGACAUUCGGAGCAGGUGUUGUCAACGGGGACACGGAGGACAUGUGGUGGGAAGUGCGAUACGAUGUCAAGGGCCCAAAGAAGGAUUACACACUGCGAAACAACAUGUUUACCGCCAAGUAA